UUCCAUUGAGAGAGAGGAAGUUAAUGAGGAAUAAGAGAGACGAAGACAUGGCCAUUUACCAACGCACCCACUCUUGGGUCGACAAAUUCUCCCGCCCUCAUCCACAGUCAGGGAAAUGUUCGAGCUCCGGUUCCAGCUGCGGCGGAGGUUUCUUCUCCUCCUUGGAACCCAAAUCCUUGCCGGCGGAGAAAUUCGGAAACUUCGAGGACUCUGGAAUCAAUUGGCGAGGCUUCAGCGACAGAUCGGAUCGCAAGUCGAAGAGCGAGAGCAGAUUAGCGAAGACAAAACUGAAAGCGCUGAAAAUGUACAAGAGCGUGAAGCAGCCGAUUUCUCCCUCCGGAAAAGUCGCCGCCUUCUUAAACUCCCUCUUCGCCGCCGGAAACUUAAAGAAACAGAAAAUCGACUCGCCGGGGUCGUCAUUCUCGCGCUCCUGGCACACGGCCACAACCACAACUCCUUCGUCAUCGACGCCGUCGAUUAGGUUUUUUCCGGCGAGUACUGUGAUUUUGGACGAAGAUUGUCGCCUCCAAAGGCAAACAGGCAAUAGCGAAGACAUAGAUUCGAUCUUAGAUGCCAUUGAUGAAGAGCUCGCCAUGCAUAUGAAGAACAAGGAACAAAUACUGGGGUUCGAUAUUUUUAGCGAUGAAAAACGAGAAUUUGAGGACGGGGAUGAUGAAUUUGAUGGAGCGAGCUGCGCGAGUUCGGAUUUGUUCGAAUUGGAAAAUCUAUCGGCCAUUGGAAUGGAAGAACUACCGCUUUAUCAAACUACUCAUCUUCCCAAUAUUAUGCAAAUGGACUGAUUUUGUUAAAUUCAAUCAAUUUCAUUUUUGUGAUAUAUUAGUAGGAGCUCUACUAUAAACUCCAUAUUUCCACCAUUUAAAGAGUCAUUUUGAGUAGCACGAGUUUUUAAGAAAUUGUUUAACUUUGUAAAGAAAAAUAUUGAAAAAAUUAGUUGG